UGGUAUUGUAAAAUAUACGACGGCUGUUAUAAUAAAUUGAAAAAGUACAUCUCAUUUUUUUUCAAAGCAUACAAGCACAAUAACGCCCAGCGGCCAGCACGUUCAUUUCCAUUUUCCAAAUUCCAAUCUGUAACCCCGCACAAAACCAUCACCCUAAUCAAAUCAAACCACUUACCAGUUCACCAUCUUCUCGAUUACCGUCCUCUGUUCCAUCUUCUCCACCUACCCAAAAUCAAAAUCAUCAAAUUCAUCGUAUUGAAUUAAUGGGUCUAUUGUUAUUCCUUUAAAAUAAUUUACUUAUUUAAGCACAAAUUCCCAGAAUCUUACCCUUUUUUCUAUCAAAAAAAACCUUGAUGAACAGUUAAAACCCAUGAAAGGAGGAGGAGGAAUUAAUGCUAAUAACAAGAGUCAUUAUAUUAAUAUUAAUGGAGGUGGAAGAAAUUCUGGAAAAUGUUUCCAUUUUCCAAAGUGGGUAAUUGAUCUCGAUUGGCGUAUACUUCUCUUACUAUUUUCUUCUUUUUCUCUCCUUAUUCUUUACUUUUCUUCUUCUUAUGGUGGAAGCUUUGAGUUCUUCAAUUUUAGCUCUCAAACUCGAAAUGGAAAUGGGAAUCAACCUGCUGAGUUAACUCGGAAGGACGAUUCAUUUAUUUCUCAAACUCAAAUGCAAAAUCGAAAUCAAUCAGCUGAGUUAACUCGGAAGUACAAUUCAUUUAACUCUAAAACUCAAAAUCAGAAUCAAUCAGCUGAGUUAACUCGGAAGGACGAGUCAUUUAGCUCUCAAACUCAAAUUCGAAAUCGAACUCAAUCAGCUGAAUUAACUCGGAAGGACGAGUUGAAUCGUUCGAGGAUUGCAGUGUGCUUAGUUGGUGGUGCUAGGAGAUUUGAACUCACUGGGCCUUCUAUCAUCGACCGAGUUUUAAACGAGUUUCCUAACUCGGACUUGUUCUUGAAUAGUCCGCUUGAUUCGAAUUCUUACAAGCUCUCUUUAUUGACGUUUGCUCCUCGUGUCAACUCGAUCCGAAUUUUCAAACCCACUCCGAUUCCUGAGUCCGAGUCACAAAUUCGUGUUCUGACUGCUGCUAAUUCUCCCAAUGGCAUUCAGGGACUAUUGCAAUAUUUCAACUUGGUGGAAGGAUGCCUAACAAUGAUUGAAGACUAUCAAAAGAAGAAGGAAUUCACAUAUGAUUGGAUAGUCCGAACCCGAGUGGAUGGCUAUUGGUCCGCUCCGUUAAACUCGUAUAGCUUCAUCCCGGGUCAAUACGUGGUACCACCUGGGUCUACUUAUGGUGGUCUUAAUGAUCGACUAGGCAUCGGGGACUACAACACCUCCAUUGUAGCCCUUUCUCGUCUUUCCCUCAUCCCUACUCUAGACGCCCUAAACUACACCGAGCUUAACUCAGAGACCGCUUUCAAAGCCCAACUUCUUUCCCACAAUGUAUCUUUCCUUACGCCCGCCCAACCCUUUUGCAUCGUAUCAGAUCGUAAGUACUCAUACCCACCAUCUCGAUUUGGGGUGCCCGUCGCAACCCUAUCAAGCCAUGGGCCUUUAAGUGGAGCCAAAUGUAGGCCUUGUAAGCCUGUUUGUGUUGGGCCUUGUGUGGCAGAAAUUAUGCUUGGGCUAAGCCCAAAAUGGAGUUGGACACCUUGGAGAAAUGGGACCCUUGAACUUUGUGAUGCCCAUGAUGAGUGGGAAACGGGCUGGGAAAAGAUUUUUGAUAAAUCUGUUGGAAAAAAGCUGGCCCAAUUCAGGAAAAGAGUAGUGGGCCUGAAUGUGGAACAAUGUGUAAAAGAUUUCAAGCUGAUGAAAGGGAGAGCAUUUAAAUGGGAUACUCCACCUUUGGAAGAAAUUUGUAAAAUUGGAUUAAAGCCCAAACAAUUAUAGAAUAAUUCAUUGUAUAUAGAAAAAAUUGUUUUUUGGAGGGUUUGAAGAAGGGGUAAAAAAAGUUUUCAAGGAUUAUAAUACAUGUAUUCUUUUAAGUUGGAUUAUUAUAGAUCUAAUUUAGUAAAAAGUUAUGUUGGAAUGUUGUAAUGGCAUUGUAUAGACAUUGAUAAUUUCUGAUUAUUACAUAGAUUAAACAAAUUUUAUAUUGAAA